GGGACUUCGGGAUGGACCUGUGUCCCCCAGACCCAGCGGAGCUGAGCAGCGGGGAGGUGGAGGAGCUGCAGCAGAUCAAAUGGCACCGAAAGCAGCUUCUGGAGGACAUCCAGAAGCUGAAGGAUGAGAUUGCAGAUGUGUUCGCCCAAAUAGACUGCUUCGAAAGCGCAGAAGAAAGCCGGAUGGCCCAAAAGAAGAAGGAGCUAUGCAUUGGGCGCAAGAAGUUCAACAUGGACCCCAGCAAGGGCAUUCAGUAUCUCAUUGAACACAAACUCCUCACAUCUGACGUCCAGGACAUCGCUCAGUUCCUCUACAAGGGCGAGGGCCUCAACAAGACGGCGAUAGGCAUCUACCUCGGGGAGAGGGACCCCAUCAACCUGCAGGUUCUCCAGGCCUUUGUGGACUGCCAUGAGUUCUCCAACCUCAACCUCGUCCAGGCCCUCAGGCAGUUCCUAUGGAGUUUCCGGCUGCCGGGGGAGGCCCAGAAAAUCGACCGGAUGAUGGAGACCUUCGCCACCCGAUACUGCCUCUGCAACCCGGGCGUUUUCCAGUCUACAGACACCUGCUAUGUCCUGUCCUUCUCCGUCAUCAUGCUCAACACCAGCCUCCACAACCCCAACGUCCGGGACAAGCCACCCUUCGAGCGCUUCGUGUCCAUGAACCGCGGUAUCAAUGGGGGCAGCGACCUGUCAGAGGAACUGCUGUGGAACCUCUUCGAUAGCAUCAAGAGCGAGCCCUUCUCCAUCCCGGAGGACGACGGCAAUGACCUCACACACACAUUCUUCAACCCAGACCGCGAGGGCUGGCUGCUGAAGCUGGGGGGCCGCGUGAAGACCUGGAAACGGCGCUGGUUCAUUUUGACCGACAACUGUCUCUACUACUUCGAGUUCACCACGGAUAAAGAGCCACGAGGAAUCAUUCCUCUUGAGAACCUCUCAGUCCAGAAGGUGGAUGACCCCAAGAAGCCAUUCUGCCUGGAACUCUAUAACCCCGGCUCCCGGGGCCAGAAGAUAAAGGCGUGCAAGACAGAUGGUGACGGCAAGGUGGUGGAGGGCAAGCACCAGUCCUACCGCAUCUCUGCCUCCAGCGCCGAGGAGCGGGACCAGUGGAUCGAGGCCAUCCGAGCCAGCAUCACACGUGUCCCCUUCUAUGACCUAGUCUCUGCUCGGAAGAAGAAGAUUGCCAGCAAGCAGUGAGCCUCCUGGGAAGAUGCGCUGGGGGCUGCUACCUUGGAACCCCACACACCUGUGGUUCCUGGAGACUCAUCUCCCACCCCAGUGCACCCUUUCCUGGUCCAGAGAUGUCACUGCACUCAUCUGUGACCUCCAGCUAACAGUGGGCAGGAAG